AUGUAUGAUCGGGCUCCCCGCCUGCUCAGAUUGGCUGAAGGGGGCAGUACUGAGGAUCACGUGGGUCCUGGAUCCUACCAGGUACCUUUCCUGAAGCAGCAGGCAACAGGUGGCUAUGCACCAUUCCUUUCUUCGGCUGUCAGAGAAAUUACUUUUACUGUUGCCUGUAACACUGAGAAAGCUGUUCCAGGUCCAGGAUACUAUAAUGUUUCAGAUGCACAGAAAAUUUCAAGGGCACCUUCAGCUGCCAGAAGUGUUGAUGUUCCUUCAAUUCCUUCUUGUGGACGGUCGUAUGGUUAUCAUAUUAAUGAGGAUGACAGUAUUAUAAAACGUUUUCCACCUGAUAGUGACAGCACACUCGGUCCAGCAUACUAUAAACCUCAAUUUGAUAUUUCCAAUGCAACUUUGAAAUAUAAGGGAAUACAUUUUGGCAACUCUUUGGGAAGACUCGUGUUACCUGUAAAGUCAGGGCCUGGUCCUGGACAAUAUGAUAUAGUCCAGAAAAAGAUACCACAUUAUGAAAAUAUUAACAUCAAGAAAGAUCAACAGAAAAAUUAUUACUCACAUCUGCCACGAUUUUAUGAAAUAAUAAUAUUACAGGAGGAAAAAAAGAGAUUUGCACCUAAUAAAUCAACCACCCCAGCUCCUGGCACAUACAAUGAAUCUCGAACUGCUUUCAAGUCCUUGCAGAAAACACCAACACUGAAAAAUACCCCGUUUGGUCAAAGUGCUGCUCGAUUCACACAGGUCUCCAGGACAGAGGAAAUGCCAGGUCCUGGAUUUUAUGAUAUCCUGAACAAUACUAUAAUUGACAGCUUUAGCAAUACGUGCUUAACGAAACAAAAGAACAGUGCUUUUGGUUCUUCUGUUCCUCGGACUUUCUGCUCAGUUCAGAAAGAAGCUUUUAGUACUCCUGGGCCUGCUGAUUAUCAGUAUGCUUUUUGGCAUUCACAGGUCUGUGGAAUUUCUGAUGAACCUCCUCACUUGACUAGUCAAUGUACUGCUUUCUUGUCAAGAACAGAAAGAGCCACUAAACUAUCUGAUAUGGAUAUUCCAGCACCAGGCAGCUAUGAUGUUCAAAAAUCCUAUGAGAUGUCCCAAGUUCAACAUAAAUACAUGCCGCCUCGUAGUUUUGUGGCUAAAAUAAAACAUGCCUCCUUUCUUAGCACAACUCCUCGGAGCCUGGACAAAAUGACUGAUGGACCAGGGCCUGCAACAUACAGUCCUGUUUUACAGAAAUGUUGCUCAAUACCCUUAUUUGUUAAAACAUCGAAGCGUUUUCAAAUUUCCAAAGAGGUUACUCCUGGUCCAGCAGCAUAUGAG